UCGCGUGCUGCUCCCGGGGGCUCGCGAGUGGCGGCAGCAGCAGCGCAUGUUGAUAAGGGGCAGAGCUGUGAGGAACCCUCUGCAGAGGUGCCUUGACCGUGCGCAAAGGAGCAAGGUUGCUUGCAAGAAAAGGCAAGGCGGGCUAUUUCAAACGAAGUAGGGCUUUCGCUCGCAAGUUACGCUCCCAACGUUUGCUCCUGAAAGAAGCGAAGAGUCCGUCCUCCCCGAGCCACAUUUUUCGUGCUGCUGCCGCCGAAUUUGUCUGGCAGACCUUGGAUCUUUGCAAAGUGCACCCCCGCCGCGGAGGCCGAGAGCAGGAUAGAUGCCCCAAGAUGAACGGCGGGGCAAUAGCAGCGGCCAUGCAGCAGGCAGCCCAUGCCACUUGCAAGAGUUACCCGUUGCAUGGAUGCAGCAGCACGAGCAACGGCUCCAUGGGGAUGAAGCUGCAGGCAGGGCAGAGCGCAGGAGCCUCUUCGUCUGGGCAGCAGCAGCAGCAGCUAUGGAGUCCCAAGGGCUGUCCCGGCCCGGCUCAACAACAGUCCCUCGCGGCGCGCUGUAAAGGCUCCAAGCGGCGCUCCAGCUCGCCGGAGCUGCUGCGCUGCAAGAGGCGCUUGGCGUUCCCGGGCCUGGCGGGCCAGCAGUGCGGAGGCGGCGGGGCAGCAGCGGUGGCGCGGCGCAACGAGCGCGAGAGGAACCGGGUCAAGCUGGUCAACAUGGGCUUCCAAACCUUGCGCCAGCACGUGCCCAACGGCGCCGCCGCCAAGAAGAUGAGCAAAGUGGAGACGCUCCGCUCGGCCGUGGAAUACAUCCGAGCCUUACAGCAGCUGCUCGAUGAGCACGACGCCGUCAGCGCCGCCUUCCAGGACGGUCUCUUGCCGCCUGCUCGAAGCUCCGCCACCGCCGCCUGCACAGGCGGAGGCAGCGGCAGCUCGUAUUCCUCAGCCUCGCCCUCUUUCGACGGCCGCGAGGGCAGCUCGGUGGCUGGCUCGCCGCACUCGGCUUACUCCUCGGACGAGAGCGGCUACGAGGGGGCGCUCAGCCCCGAGGAGCAGGAGCUGCUCGAUUUCACCAGCUGGUUCGGGAGCUACUGACAGUCCACCUCCCCACUCCUGAGCAGCAACGCUGAAAUCAGUGCUGUGUAGAACCUCAGUACCUCAUUGUCCCAGGCGCCUGUUAAGAUGCAGCAGAAGAGCAACAAGGACUCUUAAUUUAAUAUGCUUCUCCCUUUCCUCAAGCUUCGUUACAAAGGAUUUUUGAUAAUAAGAUCUCUGACAUAGACAUUCCAAGCUUCUUUCAGGGAACAAAGCCUGGUGGUUAGUGAUAACUCUCUCUCCUUUUUACUUUUAAAAAAGUGCAAUUAUGUAAAUAGAUAAUAGGGGCCAAUGUUUUUACCUGCUGUUGUACAGUAGUUUAUGGUGCCCUUUGACUUGAAUUACCAAUGAAAUGGCUUUUUUCUGAUUCCAGGGACAUAUGUGGAGAUAUACUGGGCUUCCACUUUUUAAAUGAGUGUACUUUUUACUAUGGGAAGGGGUGAAACAAAACUUGAUGCUUCCUUUUUCUGAAUGGGAAGGGGACUUUUGUAAUGUCAAUAAUAGACUUUAUAUGUGUAACUUGAACUGCCUGUGGAAACACUGUUAAUAUGAAGACUUAUUUUUGUACAAAAUCUUUAGAAAUUGCAAGAAGAAUGGAAAGAUUUGUAGAAGCCCACUCUACCCUCAACUUCCUAACACUGCCAGCUAGGAUGUUUUGAGAAACUUACACAGCUUAGAUAACAGUUUCCUAACAUUUUCUACUAAAGGAGUGUACAACUGUUUAUCUUAAAUAUGGUGUCCAUGUUUUUGUUUGUUUGGGUCUGGUGUGAAGGUUCAUUUAUUUGUGUGUGUGUGGGGGGGAGAAACCCUGAAGUUUUAUUUUUAAUGUAUUGAAGGUAUUUUUGUAUGCACUUGCUAUGAUUCAUCAAGUUGUAUAUAUGCAGUUUUUAAAAGAGUACCCUAUUUUAUGUAAAUUGACUUUAUAAAUAAAAUAUAUUUAUAAAUA